UGAUUUAUGGAAACAAUUAUAAUUCUGGUGGAGUCUUUCUGAGCUGAGAAAGUUUGUAGCUACAGUAGAGUGUCUCAUGUUGCGAAAAGGAGACAACAGAAAUGGAGUACUUGGGUAUCCAGCUCUUAUCAACAGGAACAAAUCUUUUACUUUCAGUGCAAGCAGCAAAUUCAAGUAGUAAAGAAGGUCACAACAACAAAGGUUUUUAUAACUUGUGUCUUUAAAGGAUAUUCUGACUGAAGAGAUAUUUAAGAAGCUCUUCUAUUUCGCCAUUAACUAUUAAGGAAUAACGAUCAGAAUUCUAGAAGAGGGAGCAAUCUCACUUAAAUGAAUCUGUAACUCAUAAAGACAGAAGGCAGGUCGGUGACCUAAGAGCAACAGUCUACUUGAGAUUUAAUUUUCAUUAUGUUGUUCAUGAACACCCAGAACACUGCACUAUAAUGCACAAAUGGAUACUGACAUGGAUCCUGCCAAUUUUGCUCUACAGAUCAUACUUUUACAUUAUCUUUCUAAUGGGCACUAUAUCUUUAGCUUGCAAUGACAUGACUCCAGAGCAAAUGGCUACAAAUGUGAACUGUUCCAGCCCUGAGCGACAUACCAGAAGCUAUGAUUAUAUGGAAGGGGGGGAUGUAAGAGUGAGAAGACUUUUCUGUCGAACUCAGUGGUAUAUGAGGAUUGAUAAACGAGGCAAAGUGAAAGGGACAAGAGAAGCAAACAACAACUACAGUAUUCUAGAAAUCCGAACGGUGGCAGUUGGAAUAGUGGCAAUCAAAGGAGUGGAAAGUGAAUACUUUCUGGCAAUGAACAAGUCAGGGCGACUCUAUGGAAAGAAAGUCUGCAAUGAGGACUGCAACUUCAUUGAACUGAUUGAAGAAAACCAUUAUAACACAUAUGCUUCUGCAAAAUGGACACACAAAGGAAAAGAGAUGUUUGUUACACUAAACCACAAAGGGGUUCCAAUGAAAGGUAAAAAAACAAAGAAAGAACACAGAGCAUCCCACUUUCUUCCUCUGGCAAUAUCCUAAUCACAAAUUAUCUAUAAAGAACUAGUUCCAGCAGGAAGAUUCAUUUUAAGAAGACUGUUUGACAAGAUACCAAGGAAGGCUGGAAUACUACUGAGAAACUGAACAAGCUGGACUUGCGCAUUUAUGUUUAUUUUUAAGAGACUACAUGAAAAAGAUUUGAAAAUAUACACAAAACCAGAUUUACUAACUAAAAGUUGUAAAAAAUUCUAAAGAGUUGUACAAUCAUUACCUUAGUCAUUGUAACUGGGUAGUUUCUUAAAUUAAUUUACCCUGAAGAAUAAGUCAUUACUUGAUUAUCUGAUAAUAUUUUAUUUAAAAAACUAUCUGCUUCUUAAAUAUGGCUGCUAUAAUAAUAAUAAGCAGAUGAUAAUGUUGUGUAAAAUAUGUCAGACUUUAAGGCUGCUGGAAUGAGUUGUCAGAUUAUCAAGUCAAUAGAAAAUGUGGAGGCUGAGCAGUAUUUUAAAUACUUCCCCCAAGAAACUCAUAUCCUAUACAUAAACUAUAUGAUCAAAAAAAUAUAAUCUUGUAAAUGUUUAUUGUUGUAUUCAGAUAAGAGAGUUAGUUUGGACAAAUUAAGUUUACUCUAACACAAAAUGUUCCUAUCUAUUAAUGAAACAAAUACCUAAUGCUGCUCUAAAAGAUGUUUCAAAUAGUGUAUGUAAAAUAAAAAUAGGAAUAAAUAAUGUACUUCAUCUCACUUUUCACAAAUUAACAAUUUAUAUAGCAAUGAAGCAAAAAUUCAGACAUAUUAAGGUUUUUUAUGUAACAUAUCUUAUCUUUUGUAUAAUUCCUGUUAGGGCAUACAGCUUUCAAUAUUGUUUUUCCAUUCUUAUACAUGCUUUCUCUGUUGU